AUGACUUUUGUUUCCUCCUAUUCCAAAUAUCUUCAUCUUUUUUUUUCCUCCACCUUGACAUCUAUUUAUUUCGUUUCUUCCUUCUUUCCAUCUCUUCAACACCAUCUAUUUCUGCGUUUCCUCCCCAUUUCUAAUUCCUCCUCAUUAUCCCCAUAUCUAUUUCUUCCGCCUCCUCAUCCCCAUCUGUUUCUUCUUCCUUCCCCGCCAAUCUCUGUUUUUUCUUCCUUCCCCCUUCUCUGUUUCUUCUUCCUCCCUUCUCUUUUUUUCCUUCCCCCCCUCUCUGUUUCUUCUUCCUCCCCUUCUCUGUUUCUUCUUCCUCCCCCUUCUCUGUUUCUUCUUCCUCCCCCAAUCUCUGUUUCUUCUUCCUUCCUCCCCCCAAUCUCUGUUUCUUCUUCCUUCCUCCCCCAAUCUCUGUUUCUUCUUCCUUCCUCCCCCAAUCUCUGUUUCUUCUUCCUUCCUCCCCCCUCUGUUUCUUCUUCCUUUCCCCCAAUUCUGUUUCUUCUUCCUUCCUCCCCCAAUCUCUGUUUCUUCUUCCUUCCGACCCCCAAUCUCUGUUUCUUCUUCCUUCCGACCCCCAAUCUGUUUCCUCCUCUCCCCAUCUCUGCUUCUCUCUCCCUCCAUCUGUAUGUCUUCCUCGUCCCACAUCUGUGUCCCCUUCCACUUGCUCAUCCCCAUCUCUGUUUCUCUUCCUCUCUGCCCGUACCACUUUCUUUCUUUCUUCAUCCCUGUUUUCCUCUUUUCUCCUCUUUUCUCUCUCUUCUUACAUUUUCUCUCUUUUACUCUCCCUCCUCAGACCGAUUUUCUGAUUUUUCUUUCUUUGUCUUCCUGCAUUUCUCUCUCUCUCUCUCUCUCUCUCUCUCUCUCUCUCUCUCUCUCCGAAUGCUUCCCUAUUUACAUUUUAUUUUUUCUUCUCAUUCUUCCUUUUAUUUUUUUUUUUUUUUUUUUCAUUAUAUUUUCAUUUUAAUAAAUAUUUAA